GGUGAAGGGAUAUGCAUGGUAACUGCAAAUAAUGUAGUUAAUUAUUUUAUUUCAAGGUAAAAAUUGCAAAGAAAUAUUAGGGUACAUCUGAGAUGUAUAAAGUGACUCAAAUUUUUGGGUGAAGUUAAAAUAUGGUAGUAUUUUGUCCCUUUUGUCAUAAUUUACUAUUUCUUGAAGAAGAUGUACAAGGAAAGUUGCAAUUCUCAUGCAAUAUUUGUCCAGUCUUUUUCCCCGUUCAGAAGCUACUUUCGUACAGGCAUUUUUAUAAAUUGAAGGAAAUUGAUGAAGUCUUAGGAGGGGAAGAAGCCUGGAAAAACGUUGAUUCUACUGAAGAAAGGUGUCCAAAGUGUAGUCAUAACAGAGCAUAUUUUAUGCAGUUACAGACAAGAUCAGCUGAUGAGCCGAUGACAACAUUUUAUCAUUGUUGUAACCCAGAAUGCAAACACACUUGGCGUGAUUAAGUUAAAUGAUACUUCAAAAGACUUUGCUUUUAAUUUUUAAAGGUAGAACAACAACUAUAAAAACCAAAGCUUUAUUUUCUAUGGCUACACAUAUUCCGAUAACAAAUAAUUCUGCAGAAGCAUUAGGUGUCAAAUAUUUAAAACAUGGUUCAGU